UGGUUGUGAACGAGUUUUUUGACGCUGAAACCAAGGCAUGGCUUGUGGCAGAAAUGAUGGAGAACAGAUUGCGAUGGAAAGACCUCGCCCGGCGUAAGAGCUGGCUUGCGGCGUUAAUAACUGCAGAUGGCACGCGCCAUGGGUGGUGGGAGCAAAACACGAAGAGAAAGUCCAAGUUCAAUAGUGAAGCGGAAGAAGGCUUCGAUGAAGAUAAACUAGCACCAGCCGUCUUAAGCGAGCACGGACACGAUAUACGGGGGUGCCCCUCAUUCAUUCAGACAGAGGCGUGUGUUCGAAUGACAAACUUUGCAAUCCAACAUAGUUCACGUGGAAAGUUGACCAAUUUGUUGGUAUGUAAGUCUGCAAAGAAGAGCACAGCCGUGCCCGUGAACACCGAGACAGACCGAUCUGGGGGAACAGCGUUGCAGGGCUAGGUAGUAGGGAGCUACCUUCUAAGGUACUUCCGUAGGUAGGUACAACGACAACGAUGGAGGGCUACAGUACAUGUACAUGUUGUACUAGAAAAAAGUCACUUUUUUUCCAGAUAAAUCUGGAAGUACAACGUACAGAGACUACAAUAAUGUACACCACGUUACUCAAGCUACAUACGGUAUCCCUACAAUGUUGUGCACGUGUCGAGUAUUCUUAUUUUGCAAGGAGAUACAGUACGUGUGCCCUACGAGUCUUAAACUUCGUUCCGUACUUCCAGAAAUAUGCCCUACACGUACAGUACGUGUACAGCUGUACACGUACGUGUAGCCAUAAUAUUUGCCAUGCACACAUAAUACCUUCGAAGAUAUUUUAG